ACUCUGGUAUUUAAGACAUGCAUAUAUGGAGUUUUAAUGAGGGUAACCCUCCCUAUUUCUGUUUUCACUUUAGCAAAAAUGUGAUUGAUGACGCCAGGGCCCGUUUGAGAAAACUUGAUGUAGGGACUGAAUAUUCUCACUUCGCAGCUCUCAAAUACUCGGUCCUUUUACCGCUGUUGGUUAAGGAUGGGAAACUCCAUUUACUCUUCACCCUUCGCUCAGAAAAGCUACGCAGAUCACCUGGAGAAGCCUGCUUUCCCGGUGGAAAGAGGGAGCCCACAGACACGGACGACACGGCCACUGCCCUCCGGGAGGCCCAGGAGGAGGUGGGACUGCAUCCUCAGCAGGUGGAGGUCGCCUGCCGCCUGGCCCCCUACAUGCUUGACAAAGAUACAUUGAUAACCCCAGUGGUGGGUUUUAUAGACCACAGCUUCCAGGCUCAGCCCAACCCCGAUGAAGUCAAGGAUGUGUUCUUCGUGCCUCUGGAUUACUUCCUCCACCCACAUGUUCACAGCCACCAUCACAUCACACAACCCGAUGACCAGUUUAUCGCCCAUUGCUUUGAGUAUACAAACCCUGAAAGUGGUCUCCAGUAUAAAAUCAGAGGCAUAACUGCAAAAAUGGCCGUGCUGGUGGCCUUAAUCAUUUUGGAAGAAACACCUUCCUUUGAGACUGAAUUCAAUCUCAGUGAUCUCAUUUCAUCUUAUAAAAAGUUCUUUCUUCGGAAACAUGUGACAAACAAGUUAUGAUUUGUGAGACCACAACCCACGAACAGCCCAAGUGUUCUCGGUGUGAAUCUCUGCACAGAGCAGCAGCUAGGCUGGUAUCCCUGAAAUCCAAUGAGCUGAUUGCCCUUCCUGCACUACGAAGCUCAAGCCUGCCUGCUUUCCAGGGUGAAUGACGUUAGAGCAUUGUGUAAUUUCAUCCACAAUCUGUGGUACUUUUCCUACACAUUUAAGGAAGAGCAUCUGGCGCAUAAUAGGGAGUUAAUAAAUAUUUCUUGAGUUUA